AUGAUGUUCCGACUGACGCUAUCCAGAGUCGGGAAUAAGAUAAGAUUUAAUGGACUCCAGACCAGGUCCUUUUCCAGCGUGUACUCGGGAAAGGAUAUCUCGAGCAAGGAUUUGGAAAAGAAGGAUCCCAACUGGGCUAUAGAAGAGACUAAUUUUUGCCUAGGAAAAGUUACAGAAAUGAUUUUUAAGGAUACCGACGAUCUUGCAAGGAGGACGUUGCAAAUCAUGGACAGUCAGCUGAGUAGGAUGCACACGAGACUGCGCGACGGUACCUGCGUACCUUAUAUGACCCUGAGCCUGCACCAGGUCGUCGACAGACCGAUACCGAACCACGUCUUCGUCGAACAGCCACUGCUCAAGUGGACGUGGGACGAGGCCUACGACGAGGCGUACGAAGACAUGUAA